AUGAAUGAUCCCGUCAACAUAGAUAUCUCCGUUCCUCCGAGGCCUCUACUCGAUGUCGACUUACAUCAUCCUCCUGUUUUUAUGAUGUUUAUGUUUGAAGAUGUAUCGCCACCACCUAUGCUGGACGAAUUGGUUUUCGACUUCAGACGAUGCGAUUUCGACUCUCUGAAUGAGUCUUUAGCUGCUGUUGAUUGGCCAAGUGUUUUAUAUGGUUCAACCGAUCAUGUGGUAGAAGCUUUUUAUGGAAAAUUGCAUGAACUAUUCCGAGCUACUGUUCCUGUUAAAAAACGGCGUUCACGUAUUGGAGUAAGUCAACCUUGGCUAAACCCCGAACUUCGUAACCUUCGCAAUCGUUUGAGGAAAGCGAGAAAAAGGUUCCGCAACGGCCAUGAUAUGACCGUGUCUCUUGAGGUACGUGACUUAGAGAGCGCCUACAACACAUUACACGUGACAAGUUUCUGUGACUACAUCAAUCGCAUUCAGGAUAACGCUCGCACCGACCCCUUAUCUUUUUGGUCACACGUUCGACAAAGAAAGGGUACUCAGAGUAUACCUCAAGUGACCACAUACGACGAUGAAACUGCCGAAACGCCAAAUGCUGUUGCAAUGCAAUUCUCGACAUUCUUUCAGAGUGUUCUUAGCACUAACACACCACCUUUAUGCGAAUCAUUCCUAAGUAGCUUGCCGAAUCGUGACUUCAACCUUCCUCUGCUGAAUUUCUCCUCAAACGACGUCUUCCGGAAGAUGUCUACGUUAGAUGAAACAAAAGGACCUGGACCAGAUGGCAUUCCUCCAAUUCUGGAUAAGAAAUGCGCCGAUCCGUUAUCCGUACCAAUAUCGAUCAUCUUUAACAAUCGUUAA